AUUCUUCCUCCUCCUUUUCUUCCGGACAAUGAAAAUAACCCUGACUGGCGUUUAGCAUCUGGGAGCAAUUCUUCAGCAGCAGCAGCAGCAGCAUGGUCCAGCAGAGGAACAUGAGGAGCCGUGCGAUCGAGUCCAAGAGGGAGGUGUGUCCCACCAAAGACUCCGUGCUCCUGAAGGAAGCUGGCAGCAAGGGCGAGCCUGCCUGGUGCAAGACGCCGAGUGGCCACAUCAAACGGCCCAUGAAUGCCUUCAUGGUAUGGUCGCAGAACGAGAGGCGGAAGAUCAUGGACCAGUGGCCGGACAUGCAUAACGCCGAGAUCUCCAAGCGCCUGGGCAGGAGGUGGCAGCUCCUGCAGGACUCGGAGAAAAUCCCCUUUGUCAAGGAGGCAGAGCGCCUGCGGCUCAAGCACAUGGCUGACUACCCAGACUAUAAGUACCGGCCCAGGAAAAAGGGCAAAAUUGGGGCCAGCAAGUCCCGGCCAAGGCUCCCUGUGAAGAUAAAACCAUCUGUCCUCAGCCGGGUCACCUCCAGCAGAAGGCAGCCUUCCAAGCAUGACUCCAGCUGCCAGAUGGGAGAGUCCACACUCAAGAUGGAAGAGGACCUCCUAGAGGUGCGGCUGUCAGAGAUGCCCUCUGAGGACUGCCUGAAGGCACCCAGCAAGGAGUUCUGGCACAUGGUCCCUGCUGCGCGGGCAGCUGGGGAGAAAAGGAACAAGAGGGAUGACCUCAUUGAGUCCCACCAGCCGAAGGACCCAGAACCCAUUGCGCAGCCUUUCCUGGAGCAGGUGAGCUCCCCAGAGAGCGGAUCCCCCUCCCCGAUGUCAACCGCUUCUCCGCCCUCCUCCUUCUCCUCCUCUGACGAAGAGCUGGAGGAAGAGCUCUUGGGUGUCCUGCCUGGGAAAGCCCAGCCGAGCGCAGCCUGCGGAGCCCUGGACUGGUCAGUCUUUGACAAAGACCUCGACCUUUUCCCCUUGGGAGUCACCUCUCACUUUGAGUUCCCGGACUAUUGCACUCCGGAGGUGACAGAGAUGAUUGCUGGGGACUGGCUGAUGUCCAGCAUCUCGGACUUGGUCUUUACGUACUGAGUCCUGCAUUCGGCAGGUAACUCUUUUCCACAAUCAGGUUGUAUCAAAAAACAGGAAGAAAAACCAGCUGUUUACAUGCAGGAAUCAGGUAUUUUGCCUUGAACACAUUCAAAGGCAGACACUCCCGAUCACCCCAUCCCCCGCUGCACACACCCACUUCUCCCAGCGCGAGCACAGUCGCCCUGCUCCGGUCCAGAGCCACAGGGGCUGCAGCUCGGUGGCUGGGCUGGGCCAUCACCUUUCAUUCCUGAAGCCUUGGGGAGGACAGUGCUUGACACGGCCUUUAUUUUGCCAUGAAAUGUGACUGUCUAAUCAGGUUUUCAUUGUGAACCUCUCUUCUCCCAUCUCCCCUUCCCCCACCCCUGCUUCCAGCUGCUGCUCAGCUCUGCCGCCAUCCAUCCCUCCACUGCUGAGAGACACUCCCCCCACUCCAUCUCACUUCUACCCCAGAUUUUUCCCUCCUGCCGUCUCUUGCUAGCAGAGGCCACCUGCCCCCUCCCAAUGAAUUUUCAUGCCCCUUUCCUCCUUCCCCGCUCCUUUGCAUG